UUUUUUCUGUAUCGAUUCACGCCUAUCGUGAGAGAAGUGCGCAACGAUCAUCAUUAAUUUCUAAUCAGUGUUUCGAGAAUUUUUCGCAAUUUAAACGCCCUUCUUGCUAAGCAUUGGUUUCCUUAAGAGCAGCUGUUUCCGGCAAUAAUGCGCCAUCUCCGAGGGUCUUCGUCGGUUUGACACGUUACAGAAUUAAAAUCGGCCGAAAGUGUCGAGUCUGCUUUGGGAGGUGUCCAGAAAUUGCCCGAAAUGUCUGAAAAGCAUAAUAAAGGACGACUGGAGUGAUCAUUUAGUUCCGUAAAUGCGGAAGGCUAAGACAAGGUUGGACCUGGCGCGGCUUCGGCGGCAUCUCAGCGACUGCCGGAGCAACCUAACCUAGAAAAGGGAACUAUGUAUUCUCCCAAGGAUCUGGGCAAAGCAGAUUAUAUUAGCUUGAAUAUCCAUGACACUGCUUCCUUCGCGCGAGGCACUUCGCGAAGCCUCUGGAGGCAAUGGAACCAGCUGUCAAGGUUCCAAAGGAACACCAUUUACUUUGCAGCGAUUACAAUUCCACUUAUAAUAUUUUAUCUUCUUCCGGGAGAGACCAAGAAUGCUAUAUUGGAUAGCAGUAAGGAUUACGAUAGCUUGAAGGAGAUUCAAGAUACCCCUAAGCAUGAGAAGGCGGUAGAAGAGCUAGUUGUCGAUAACAUUGAUCAAGGUGGAGGUGCAGGCGGUGGGGAAGUUAUAGAAGAACCAGAAUUUCAACCAGAAGUGAACCAAGUUGACGACGAUCAAAUUGGUGAACCACCACAACCUAAGCCAAAUGCACUUAAAUUUAAUGGCCCUCAGAAUAAUAGGCAAAGGAGUGUGGUCACUGCCUUCAAACAUUCUUGGAAUGGAUACAAGAAAUUUGCUUGGGGACAUGAUAACGUUAAACCAAUUUCCGGUGGUUAUCAUGAAUGGUUUGGUUUAGGAUUAACGAUAGUUGAUUCACUGGACACAAUGUACAUAAUGGGUUUAAAUGAUGAAUUCACGGAUGCUCGUGCCUGGGUCGAAAACAGUUUAGUAUUUACUUUAAAUAGGGACGUAAAUUUAUUUGAAGUCACCAUAAGAGUUUUGGGGGGAUUACUAGCUGCGUAUCACCUCUCAGGAGAUAAACUCUUUCUCGACAAGGCUACUGAUCUUGGAGAUAGAAUGAUGCCAGCAUUUUUAACAAAAUCAGGCGUUCCCUUUUCUGAUGUUAAUCUCGGAACCAGAAGUGCUCACAGCCCGAAGUGGGGGCCCGAUAGUAGUACCAGCGAAGUCACCUCGAUACAACUAGAAUUUCGAGACCUGAGUCGAAGCACUGGCCAACCGAAAUUCGAGGCAGCUGCUGCAAAAGUAUCCGAACAUGUACACCAAUUAGAGAAGUUCGAUGGAUUAGUGCCCAUCUUUAUCAAUGCCAAUACAGGGCAGUUCCGCGAUUCUGCAACUAUUACACUAGGUGCUCGAGGUGAUAGCUAUUACGAGUACUUAUUGAAACAGUGGUUACAGACAGGAAAGCUGAUUAACUAUUUGAAAGAUGACUACUUAUUGGGCAUUCAAGGGACUCAAAAACAUCUUACAAGGAGAACUGCUGUUAAUCAGUAUUUGUUUAUUGCGGAACUUAUUGGGGCAUCAAAGGACUUGAAGCCUAAAAUGGAUCAUCUUACUUGUUAUUUGGGAGGGACGUUAAUUCUGGGAGUUCAUCACGGUUUGCCAUUGGAUCAUCAGGACCUCGCCAACGAAAUCGUCCGAACUUGUUAUCAGACCUAUGCUAUUCAGCCUACGUUUUUGGCUCCUGAAAUCACUUACUUCAACAUUCAGUCUCGCACUUUUCAGAAAUCCGAGGACGAGAAUCAGAUGGACAUGUACGUGAAAACUAACGAUGCACAUAAUCUUUUACGUCCAGAGUUCAUAGAAAGUCUGUACUACAUGUGGUACUUCACGGGCAACAAGACUUACCAGGAUUGGGGCUGGCAAAUAUUCCAGGCCUUCGAGAACUAUACCAAAGUGGAGAACGGCUACACGAGUAUCGGUAACGUUCGCAAUAUCUACAACACUCGUCCUCGAGACAUGACGGAGAGCUUCUGGUUCGCGGAGACCCUGAAGUACUUGUACUUGUUGUUCGACGACAGCCGACAAUUGAUCGACUUACGUAGAUGGGUCUUCAACUCCGAAGGCCAUCCUCUGCCGAUGUACGAAUCAUAACGAGUCGUGUUGACAUACCGUGAUUCAUAACUCGUAAGUUCACCAUUGUCAAUUCGCUUAGGGUCCCUCGGAACCGGGAACACGAGGAAAGUCAUUCAAUUACGAUUUCACACGAGUUGGAUAAGAGUUUCUGGAGCGCGGAACAGUUUUCCAUCUUCGUCACGAGACAGAAGUGGGUAAUUAAGAUGAUAUGAAAGGCGCUGAGAAAUUUAAUCGAGAUCGGUAAAUUAAAUUUCAUCUAUACCCUUUUUGGUAGUAACGCCAUUUUGAAUGCCCAACUGGUAACACAAGCUGGCGCGUCAUGUUACCGACAUUUAUAUUUAUGUUGGUCUUUUAUAGUCUACGUUGAGAAUUAUACGAAAUGAAGCGAUCUAAGUGUUAUUUUAGUUAAAUACAUUUUUUAUGAAA